AUGCGGUUCUACAUUGACGACCUGCCGGUGAUAUUCCCGUAUGACUACGUGUAUCCAGAGCAGUACCGGUACAUGUGCGGGCUGAAGAAGUCGCUGGACUCCAAGGGCCACUGCAUGCUGGAGAUGCCCUCAGGGACUGGAAAGACUGUAUCGCUGCUGUCACUGAUUAUUGCAUACCAGCAGUUCUACCCUGGCCGACGCAAGCUGGUGUACUGCUCGCGAACAGUGCCAGAAAUUGACAAGGCGCUGGAGGAGCUGAAGCGGUUGAUUGCGUACCGGCGCGAGCACGGAUGCGAGGACAAAGACUUUUUAGGCCUGGGGCUGACAUCGCGGCGGAACCUGUGCAUCCAUGACCGUGUCAGGAAGGAGCGCAAGGGCAAGGUUGUCGAUGCCAAGUGCCGCGAAAUGACAUCGUCGUGGGUGCGCCGUAAGGCUCAGGAGGAGCCCGAGAUCGAGCUUUGCGGGUUCUUUGAAAAGAUGGCUGAAGUAGAUCCAGCGGAUCUGCUGCCGUCGGGAGUGUACACGAUGGACGACCUGAUGGACUACGGGCGCGACGCUGGCUACUGCCCGUACUACCUGUCGCGGCGUGUCAUCCCGCUGGCGGACGUCAUCAUCUACAGUUACCAUUACAUGCUCGACCCUAAGGUGGCAGAACUCGUUUCGAAGGAGUUCUCGCGGGACUCGAUCAUUGUCUUUGACGAGGCGCAUAAUAUCGACAGCACAUGUAUUGAGUCGCUGAGCAUUGACCUGACAAACUACACGCUGCGGAAUAGCUCGGUGAGUGUGCAGAAGCUGGCCGAGAGAGUGACGGAGAUCAAGCAGCAGGAUUCGCAGCGGCUGCAGGACGAGUACCAGCGGCUGGUUGAGGGGCUGCGGGACGCGUCGCUGAUGCGCGAAGAAGACGCAGUGCUGACUAACCCAACACUCCCUGACGACGUGCUGACUGAGGCAGUGCCCGGCAAUAUCCGGCGCGCCGAGCACUUUGUAAUGUUCUUGAAGCGUUUUGUCGAGUACCUGAAGGCGCGCAUGCGAGUAAUGCAUGUGGUGGCAGAGACCACCCCGUCGUUCUUGCAGCAUGUGCGGGAAAUCACAUAUAUUGAGCGCAAGCCGCUGCGGUUCUGCGCGGAGCGGCUGGCAUCACUGAUUCGCACGCUGGAACUGACCGAUCUCGAAGAGUUUUCGUCGCUGGCCAAGGUGGCCGAGUUUGCCACGCUGUGUGCCACAUACGAUACUGGGUUUAUGGUGCUGUUUGAGCCGUUCGAGAGCGACCAGUCGACAGUCCCGAACCCGGUACUGCACUUGGCGUGCCUGGAUGCGGCAAUUGCCAUCCGGCCGGUGUUCCAGCGAUUCCACACUGUCAUUAUCACAUCCGGCACGCUAUCGCCCAUGGACAUGUACCCGCGUAUGCUCGAGUUUACGCCAGCAGUGCAGGAGUCGUUUACGAUGACACUGGCACGGCAGUGCUUUGCGCCGCUGGUGGUGACUCGCGGCAGCGACCAGGUUACGAUCAGCAGCAAGUUUGAGGUGCGCAACGACCCGGCGGUGGUGCGCAAUUUCGGCAAUCUGCUCAUUGAGAUGUCCAAGAGUGUUCCGGACGGAAUUGUCGCAUUCUUCCCGUCGUAUCUAUACAUGGAGAGCAUUGUGUCGAUGUGGAACGAGAUCGGCGUGCUGCGCGAUGUGUGGAAGCACAAGCUGAUUUUUGUUGAGACGCCGGAUGCAGCAGAAACGUCUGUAGCACUGCAGAACUACCGCACCGCGUGCGACAACGGACGUGGCGCGAUUCUGCUCUCUGUGGCGCGCGGUAAGGUCAGCGAGGGUAUUGAUUUCGACCACAACUACGGGCGGGCCGGUCAUCAUUACACCGAGUCGCGGAUCCUCAAGGCGCGGCUGGAGUAUCUGCGCGAGACGCACCAGAUCCGCGAGAACGACUUUUUGACAUUCGACGCGAUCCGGCAUGCAUCGCAGUGCGUCGGGCGCGUGCUCCGCGGCAAAACCGACUACGGGUUAAUGGUGCUGGCGGACAAGCGCUACUCGCGGGCGGACAAGCGCUCCAAGAUGCCGAGGUGGAUCCAGGAGUGCAUGACAGAGACCAGCCUGAACCUGUCGACCGACAUGGCUGUGGGCCUGACACGCAAGUUUUUGAAGCUGAUGGCGAAGCCGUUUGACACCAAGGCGCAGCUGGGCAUCAGUAUGUGGUCCAACGAGCAUAUUGUGCAGCAUGGUGGGCGCGCCGACAUCCCCAUGGAGAUUGGCGAGAAUUAG